AUGACUGCUGACGCUGAUGUUACGAGUGUGAAUAGGGCAAAGACACGGUUGAGCCAGUCGAAGCCGAUUCUGGAGACGAGCGAUCUAAACGUGAUCGGGAGGAUGACGCCGCCUACUGCUGCUCCGCUGGCUCCAAUACCAAGAGCGAUUGGGCGGAGGUUUGUGAAUGCGUUGGCAACUGCUGCCACAGCUGGUACAUAUGUCAAGCCUUGUCCUGCACCUCAAGAUCGAGGCAUAGCUAUGGCUAAAGCUGAGUGUCAAAUGUCCGAGAACGACGAGAAAGCAUCCAAAGCUGAGUACACUGCGACUAUAGCCACGGUCGAAGAAUGGACCGGCUACGACGCCAGCUAG